AUGUCUAUUAUUCUCGAGCCCCCGGAGUUGGGAUUCAAGCGCCCCUUCGAUCGUGAGGUGUGCCAGAUCUUGCAUUUGAAGAAUGACAACGCUGAGCCUGUGGUCUUCAAGGUUAAAACGACUGCCCCUAAACAUUACUGUGUUCGCCCGAACUCGGGCCGGAUAGAUCCUGGAAAGAAUGUCGACGUUCAAGUUCUGCUCCAGGCCAUGAAGGAAGAACCUGCAGAUGAUGCCAAGUGCAAGGACAAGUUCCUAGUCCAGACCGUUGCCGUCACUCGCGAUAUGGAGUUCGCCAAUGUUACUUCGAUUUUCGAGAAAUCUUCCAAGGCCUCGCUUCAAGAACGCAAGAUCCGUGUGAACUGGCUGCCUGCAGAUGAUUCCUCAGCUGCCGAACAAGUCACCGAAACGAAUGGCACUAUGACGGAAGAAGAACCCCCAGCCUACACCUCUCCUAAUGCGAAUUUCCAGACACCUGCUGCUGCAGUUGCUAAAAGCGCUAACGACACGUCACCGAUCCCACCGCCAGAUUUCAGCGAUAAGCCCAAGCGGGAAGUGUCGACCCCACAAGCAAUUACUGAGAGCCCAGCCACGUCUACAAAGUCGGCCAUGAUGGGCGGGGCAGCAAGUUCAAGCGAUGAUCUGAAAGCCCAAUUGUCCGAGGCUAAUGCUCAGAUUUUGGCGCUGAAGGAGAAGCUGGCAGAUCAGGGCCUGAGGCAGCGGAAGAUCGGAGGUGAAACCGAAAAGGCGCCGGCGCCAUUGGUGCAGCAACAGCCGCAAUCUGCCGAGGCAGGCGUGCCAGUGCAGAUGGUCGCUGGCUUGUGCCUCCUCAGCUUCCUGAUCGCAUACUUCUUCUUUUAA